AUGCAAGAGUGGACGGUCAGAGUCAAGGACCUGAGUGACCGCACUCCUUACUGUGUGUUCCCACAGGGACUUAACUACCCAGGCCCAAAAGCUGGUGAGCCUGAUGAGGGCAGACACGAUGAGUCUGGGCACAUCAGGUGGGACUCCCUAGAGCAGGAAGGUGGAUCCACAGACACUGGGAAGUCAGUACCCGAGGGGCUCAGUGGCUCUUCCCGGAUGAAAGGCGGUAGCACCACCAAGAUUCUGCUGGAAACCCUGCUGCUAGCGGCCCAUAGGACUGUGGACCAGGGUGUGGUGGCCUCUAAAAGAUGCCUUCGGGACAUCCUGAGGACAUUUGAGCGGGCUCAUCAGGUGACCUACAGUCAAAGUUCCAAAGUUGCCACCCUGAUGAAACAAGUCAGCACCAGCCUGGAGAAGAAAGGCCGAGUGUACUUAGUUGGCUGGCAGACCCUUGGCAUCAUCGCCAUCAUGGAUGGGGUAGAAUGCAUCCACACCUUUGGUUCAGAUUUCCAAGAUGUCCGUGGCUUUCUCAUGGGUGACCACAAUGACAUGUUUAACCAGAAGGCAGAGCUCACCAACCAGGGUCCCAAGUUCACUUUUGCCCAGGAGGACUUCCUGACUGCCAUUCUGCCAUCCCUUGUGGAAACUGACACCGUGGUCUUCAUUUUCACCCUGGAUGAUAACCUCGCAGAGGUCCAGGCAUUGGUGGAGCAGGUGAGAGAGAAGACCACGAACACCCAGGCCCUGGUGCAUGGCACCGUGGGGCAGUCCUUGCCUGCCCCUCUAAAGAGGCUCUUCCCCUCCAUCAGCAGCAUUACAUGGCCACUUCUUUUCUUUGAAUAUGAAGGAAGCUAUGUCCAGAAGUUCCAGCAUGAGCUAAGCACCAAGUGGGUGUUGAAUACAGUGAGUACCGGGGCCGACGUGCUGCUGGGGAAGACCUUACAGAACCACAUGCUGGACUUCCACAUCGCCAACUCCAAGCUCUUUUGGAAGGCACUGGCCAUGUUGCAACGGUUCUCUGGACAGUACAAGGCUCGCUGCAUCGAGAGCCUCCUCCAAGCAGUCCAUUUUCCUCAACCACUGUCAGAUGAUGUCCGGGCUGCUCCCAUCUCCCACUACGUCCAGGUUGCCCACGAAAAGGGAAAUGUGAUCGCCACAGCCUUGCUGAGCCUUUUACAACGCUGCUCCAUCACAGAGGCUAAGGCACGCCUGGCUGCAGCUCCUUCCGUCUAUGAGGUUAUCAGGAGCGCCCUCUCUGGGCCGGGUCAGAAGCGUACCACCCGAGCACUUGCGGACCCAACAGCCUAUAGUGCAGUAAAUUGAUGUUUCUGGGACCAUGAAGAGCCUCUGCCAUCGGUCCAGUCCCACGAAGACUUGUGCCAGCGAUACACGUGGUGGUGGGACAAACCCAAUUUCUGGGGGUGGGGGUGGGGGCAUUAACAGCCC